AUGGAUUGCGUACUGGAGACUCCGACAGCGGCUGUGAAGUAUGCUCGCACAAGCAACGCCUUUGCGGCAAAACGGCUUGUGGAAGCACCACUUCUAAACACGUUGCCGAGGUGUAGAAAUACCUUUUGUGUCUCGCAUGCCUCAAAGCAUCCUGACGCUGCGACCGCAAGGGCCUUCUUGGACAAAUACAUUCCGCAGCAGCGAACCGACAUGGAUAUGCAACGUGACGCCGUUCGCCAGCACCAACAAGCCCGUUUUCGUGAAUUUGUAGAGGCGAGCGAGAGGAAGAACGCCAUGAGCGCCAGAGAGAAAGUUAUAGGAGUAAAAUGCCUCAUGCAUCUUGCCGCUCAGAAGAGCCUUCAACAUGCCAAAAUGAUGAACCAUCACCCAAUUGUUAUUCACUCCGUGCGUCACACCUGGCGGACGCUUCUUCUGCAGCUAAAAGAGUACCUUAACGAUGAUGGUUUCGGUGAGAUCCAGGAAAAAGAAGAAGAAGCCCAGCUUGCAUUCCGCUGCCGAGGAGCCUUGGAAAAUGUAUCUGCUCUCGGUGUGUGGUUUGUCGGAGCCAUGUCCAUUCCCUUCCGUCGCUAUGCCGUUCGGAUUCCUACGGAGGAUGGCACGCUUCAAGACUUUGUGGUGAUUGGCCUUGCGUCCUUCACGUACUCGUCGUACGUUAUGGAUGACCGCCGGCUUGCACAAGAGGCCACUCUCGCGGAACUUGAAAGGCUCUCCAAGAGGCUCAGUGUAAACCUUCUAUUUUUACCACCUUUGCUAUUGCCGGAAGAACCUCUACGGGGAAACACCGAUUUCACUCAAACCAAAAGUGCUUCCAUGGAGAUGCUGAUUGCCUAA